CUCCUAACCUAGGUACCUAAAUAGCCUACCCAGGACGUAUAUAUGCAGUUCGUCGAGGCCGCCCUGCCGAUCCGUCUUCCCUUAUUGCUUCACCUCUGUUCUUCUUCCGUGACGGCGUUCGUCGCAUAAUAUAGCAACCUACGAACAAACAAACGAAGCGACGAACGAGGGGACAGGCCAGAUUGGUGGCUGGCUGAUCUGCUCCGAUAGGUUCGUUCCGUGUCUCUGCCCGGCCACCGGGCCUUCGUUUUCUUCCUCCUCCCUCCUCCCCUCCUCCCAACCCGCUUCCCUUUCCUAUCUAUCCGUCUUCGUUCGCUUGCCGGUAUCGCCCCGUGAUUCGCCCUUAGCCAUCUCCCUCGGUCGGUCCCUGUCGACCAUAUCUGCCUAUGACGUCGUCUAUACUUGCUUACCCAUCUACGACGCGCGCCGCGGUGCAGAACUUAGAAGCGCCUACCAUACGCCCAGUUAACUCGGUCGGCCUGCACGGACGAAUUACCCCCCCUAAUCGCGAACCUCUCCUACCAUAAAGUCUACCGGAAACGAGGCGGACGCGUACACGCACUCGGCGGCCAUGGCAGGCAAAGUAAGGCAUCCGAUCGACACCGCGGCGCUCGAGCGCUACAUCACCGAGAAUGUGCCCGAGAUCAAGCUCCCGCUGGACAUCAAGCAGUUCGGCUUUGGACAGUCCAAUCCGACGUACCAGUUGACUUCGACCGUGGAUGGGUCGCGCUACGUGCUGCGGAAGAAGCCGGCGGGCGCGCUGCUCUCGCAGGCGGCGCACAAGGUCGAGCGCGAGUACCGCGUGAUCCGCGCGCUCGGGCAGCACAACGAGCAGCUCGCUCCGCCGCGGCGCCGCCACCGCGUCCCCGUGCCCCGCGCGCUCUGCCUGUGCGAGGACUCGGCCGUCCUCGGCACCCCCUUCUACGUCAUGACCUUCGUCGGCGGCCGCAUCUUCGAGGACCCGGCCAUGCCCGACGCCCGCGGCGCCGCCGAGCGCACGCUGCUCUGGAAGGCCGCCGUCGAGGCUCUGGCCGCCCUCCACAGCGUCGACCCGGCCGCCGUCGGCCUCGAGUCCUUCGGCGGCGGCGGCGGCAAGAAGAACAAUGCGCAAGGCGGCGGCGGUAGCCGCGCCAGCUUCUACGAGCGCCAGCUCGCGACCUGGACGCAGAUCUGCGAGGCGCAGGCGCAGACGCGCGACGCCGAGACGGGCGCGGCGGUGGGCCCGAUCCCGCACAUGGCGGAGCUGCUCGCCUUCUUCGGCGACGCGUCGCGGCGGCCGCGGGACCGCGCCGCGCUGAUCCACGGCGACUACAAGAUCGACAACCUCAUCUUCACCGCCGCCGCGGACGGACAAGACCCCGCCGUCGCCGCCAUCCUCGACUGGGAGAUGAGCACCAUCGGCCACCCGCUCAGCGACCUCGCCAACCUCAUGUACCCCUUCUUCAGCGCCGAGCUAUCCUCCUCGUCCGCUUCCUCCACCUCCGCCUCGCCCUCCUCGUCCGCCCCCUCCGUCUCGAUAUCCAACCCGGCCUUCCUCGCCUCGUCGCGGGCCGCCCUCGGGAUCCCGGAGCCCGCGACCCUGCUGUCCUGGUACGUGGCGGCGGCCACCUCGGCCUCCUCCUCCGGCCGCGGCGCGCCGGCCAAGCUGUAAGGGGUGGACGCAAGGGCGGGAUGCUCGUACAUCUCGACGUCCGUUUGCGCGCAUGUCAUAUACAUACAUGAGUGCGCCCGCCCGCCUCCCCACAAGGUCGGAUCCGAAAGACUAUUGUGUACUUACCUACCUAUCUAUCUACUCACCUACGGAAUUCUUGUCGGCAUAGGAUCUGCACACACACACAUAUAUAUACAGCCCUACAUUUCGCCCCUACCUGCCCCGUCAGCGAAGAAGGUGGGAGGAGGGGAGGGAAAGCGACUUCAAGG